CAACGGCUUUUAUUGCGAAAGGAUUAGGCGGAAGCUAGUUAGCAGUGGAUGCAGCAGCUAGCUAGUUCUUGAGGUUCGGUUUAGUGCAGUCAGAACCAGAGAACCAUGGCCUACCAGCUGUACCGGAACACCACGCUGGGGAACAGCCUCCAGGAGAGUCUGGACGAGCUCAUCCAGACCCAGCAGAUCACCCCCCAGCUGGCCCUGCAGGUUCUCCUCCAGUUCGAUAAAGCCAUCAACGCAGCUCUGGCCAGCCGGGUCCGGAACCGGGUCAACUUCAGGGGUUCUCUGAACACCUACCGGUUCUGCGACAACGUUUGGACCUUCGUUCUGAACGACGUGGAGUUCAGGGAGGUCACAGAGCUGGUCAAGGUCGACAAAGUGAAGAUCGUCGCCUGCGACGGAAAGAAUUCGGGCUCCAACGCUGCAGAGUGAUCCUCCAUCGGCUGGACUGUACAGAUAACUUAUACAGCACAGUUACACCUGUGUGUGUGUGUGUGUGAGUGAGAGAGAGAGUGUGUGUUUGUUUUUUAUUCCCAUCAGGAGAAGUGUGUUCAAUUUGUUGAAUCAUCUUUAAUAAUAAAAAAUGAUGGAAAGCUG